AUGCACCAUCGCGGCCCCGUGCUCACCGCAGCGGGCUUGAGUGUGUUUGUAGGACUAUGCUGCACUCUGUGGUAUUUCGUGUGGCGCCCGCCGGGAGAAUCAGACACCGAGAAGGGUUACCGGACGGCGGAAAUGAUGGAGCAGGGCUUGUUGCUCCUGAGCUAUGUCCAGCUCCUGACAGGAGUGCAGGCCACCCAAUCCUACACAGCUCAGUCCCAACGCAGCCCGUGGAGCGAGAUCUGGCAGCUGCGUGCCGAGUUCGCGAUGCAGCUCCUGUCCGUUCAGUGCUUAGCCGGACACCAGCGAGGCCGCGAGAUUGAGAUCCUGGCUUCCAUCUACUCCCUGCCGGUGUUGUGGGUUCUUGGCCUUGCUGUGGCCACCUGCCGAGGCAGUCCCUUCCUUGCUCUGAAGUUCGGCAUUGUGGCGACGUCCAUGCUAUUCAUCGGGGUCAUUAAGGUGAUCUUUCCCAACUUGAGCUGGUGCGUUCGGAAGGCAGGCGGGAAGGAGCUGGGGAAGCUGGCGUUCUUUCAUGAGAGGCCCUUCCAGAAGUGCACGGACAGCGACGACCCGUUGGCCCUUCAUUUGCUUCUUGGCCUCAGCAUCAACGCUGCUCUCAUUCCGGUCGGCCUGCUUCUCACGGGUUGGUACAUCGCACGACGCAUGCGCUCGGUCGAUAGCCUUGCUGGAUGCAUCCGUCCAGGCCGUCUUGCCAGAUGCGGUGCGGACUCUGUCGAGCUGAUCCUGUGGGAAGGAGUGCCCACAGAUGUCGCAGCUUCAAUCGAUCUCGGGAAGUACGAGCACCUUCCAAAGGCGGCCCUAUGUGUGUAUGCCGCCGCCCACACAGCACACCUCGCCGAGCUCAUGUGUGCUAGCAGUGUUGCGAAGACGGAAGCUGGGCUGACGAUUCGGGUUCCUUUUUCAGAAACCUGGGCCAUGCUGGAGCUCAAGUACCAGCAGCACUGCAUGGCUGUAACGCGAAUGGACGCAGACAUGUUGGGAAGCUAA